CUUGUCCACAUCUCCAUUAACAUCCCUUCGCUUCCUUUUUCUUCCCCAAAAUUUGAAGAAAUUCAAAUCAAAGGAAGAAAAUUUUUUUAAGAAGAAAUCUCCAAUAUGGGAAAUGGAUACAAUCAACAUCAUCAACAGCAGCUUUAUCACCAUAUUCUCCAUGGAAGCAGUGGUUUCUUCUUACCAAUGCUUUGUAAACUUUCAAUCAAAGAUGUAAAAUUACAAAACUCCAAAAAUCCUUCUUCUUCCGCCAAUCUCUCCGCCGAUAAUCACAACGAACCGACUUCCCCAAAAGUCAGUUGUAUGGGCCAAGUCAAAAGAAACAACAGAGUCAUUGGGUUUCCGACGCCGUACAGGCCAACUUCUACCACCGCCAUAACCGGACCGGUGAAUUCCAAAGUGAAGUACUUGAAGCUGAAGAAAUUGUUCUCCGGUAAGAAUUUUACUCCCGGUACUAAUACCGGCGGAAUUCGAAAAUCUACCAAAGUGAAUGAUACAAGUAAAAUUAAUGUUGUUGAAGUGAAUGUUAGUGAAUUGGAUCCGCCGUUGCCGGUGGUGAAGAAGGUGAAUCCGGCGCAGGCGGCGGACGGUGGUUUAUGGAAGAGAAGAUCUGGUGGGACUGCAUUGAAAAGUUUGCAGAUCCAACAGAUUCACUUACCGAUUGAUAAUUCUUUACUGCAACCGACCACUGUCUAGUGAGUUGUUACUGUUUGAAAAUUUUACUGUAGAUUUUUAUUUUUUUGUAUAUGAUUUUUUUUAUUUAGUGUAAUCAAUAACAAAGAAUUAUAUCUAAUAGUACUAGUAAUUAUAUUGUGUUUCUCGGUUGAAUUUUCAAUUUGAAAACAUUAAUCAUGAUAUAUUAGUAGGGCAGGAAA